GCCAGUCUAGAUGCGUUUCGAGUUUUGAGUUAAUGUUGGUGUUUACAUGAAGUUUAGCGCUGCAGUCCUCUUAACACAUUUUUUAAGUCGGUUGUUGAAAGUUAACCACAGUGUCCCGAGAGCGGCGCCACGGCCUGCGCUGGCAUUGGUUUGUGACGAUUGUGUCUGUGGGCCACACUCACACGGCCGCCCUUCCUCGCGGCUCCAUCCGAGACAAACGAGCUUCCGGAAUCCUGCUUCCCUGCGACGUGUUCCAAGUCCCUCCUGCGGAAGUUGACGGCGCCCUGGAGGAGGAGCGUGUCCCUCAGCGCGGCGGGUGAGGGGCGGCAGGAGAGCCUUCGACACCAACUCUCCGCCACUCGUGCCGCCGCUACUGCAUCCCCCUGCUGCUUGUCUUGUCUCUGCUGCUGCUAGUGCCUUGCCCCUCCUGCUGUGCCUUUGUUCGAUGUUAAGUGAUCAGCGUGCCUUUCAGCUACCGAGGGCUUUGCCGUUCUUUCCUCAGCAAGAGAAAAAUCGUCGUACUGGGUAUCCGCUGGAAGCAUCAGUCUCCGCGUAACAACGAGGAUGCAGGAGGAAUUUACCCUCAGGAAGUGCGAAGAUUAAUUAGUGGUAAUUACUGCGGGAGACAGGUGUUGUGUCGGGGCGGUGAUGCCAGCCGCCCGCCUGCCAGCCAUCAAUCACGCGGCGCUACACCAAACACCCGCAAUUCUGGAAAGCACGUGUGAUAGGAAUGAAAGUAUCCCUGAGAUCUCUCUCCCGCUUCCUCACCGCUAGCAAUUCAACCUGGAAAAAAACCGACAAAGACUCUAUACUAACGUGUCACUGUGUCAUGAAACUACGACUCCAUUAACGGCCUGAGUCUCGGCUUUACCCUAACCGCCCAAGCUACCGCAGCCCACGCCGCCGGCAACAAGUGAGUGCAGCCGCGCCCGCUCAACACUUCCAUGGGAUCAACGCGAUUUCCUGUGUGCCUUAGAGCUCCAAAUUGACUCUUUCAACGUGUGGAAGCUUAAAUGGACAAUAUAAUCUAAGGAUUUACGGUGAACGUUUCCUGACCUUGUGGACGCAACAAAGAGUCUGGGAACAGUUUUUUACACCCAAAGAAAACUGAAGGUGGUGUCACAUCUCCCGCUCUGCCCAAGAUUACCAGGUUGGCGGCAGCGCUGCUCAAACUGCUUGCUCAUCCAGUGGCCGCCCGGUGAUCUAAAGUGGCCUGGAGACCCCGACUGAAAGACACACUCGAGGAACAAAGACCACCGAGUUUCUGCCCUUCGACCGCUGCCGGAAGAAGGUGGUGGCGGAGGUCCUCUGGCCGCUGCACUGGCGGGCUCCUCCUCCAGCAUGGCGGUGUCGGCGGGGGCGCUUGGCCUCCCGCAGAUGAGGCCAAUCUUCUCGGGUUACCCCUUCCAAGGUCAGGGGCGCGUGAACCAGCUGGGCGGCGUGUUCAUCAACGGGCGGCCGCUGCCCAACCAUAUUCGCCUGAAGAUCGUGGAAAUGGCCGCGGCGGGCGUGCGGCCCUGUGUCAUCUCCCGCCAGCUGCGCGUCUCCCACGGCUGCGUCUCCAAGAUCCUCAACCGCUACCAGGAGACAGGAUCCAUCCGGCCCGGCGUCAUCGGCGGCUCCAAGCCCAAGGUGACCACGCCGGACAUCGAGAAGCGGAUCGACGACUACAAGAAGGAGAACCCCGGCGUGUUCUCGUGGGAAAUCAGGGACAGACUGGUCAAGGAGGGUGUGGUGGACAAGGCGUCGGCUCCCUCCGUCAGCUCCAUCAGCAGGAUCCUGAGGGGCGGCAAGAGAGACGAUGACCCGCGCAAAGACCACAGCAUCGAUGGCAUUCUGGAUGCUGAGCGGCUCGUGUCGAUCUCUCCUGCAGGGGGCGGCGGCUCCAUCUCCGACAGUGACACCGAGAGCGAGCCUGGCAUCCCCAUCAAGAGGAAGCAGCGGCGCGCGAGGACCACCUUCACCGCCGAGCAGCUGGAGGAGCUGGAGAGGGCCUUCGAGAGGACACAGUACCCCGACGUGUACACGAGGGAGGAGCUGGCGCAAAGGACCAAGUUGACGGAGGCACGAGUACAGGUGUGGUUCAGCAACAGGCGGGCUCGAUGGCGGAAGCAGAUGACUGGGCAGGGGAUGGGCGUGACGGCACUCAACGCCCUCGCCAUGAGCACCACCAGCUAUCCCGGCAGCCUCCCGCCCACGCUCCACCCGCCAGCCACUGCUCCCGCGCCCAUCACCUCAUCCACUACAACCGCCUCCACCACCAUGGGCGCCGCCGCACAGCACUACACUCACCAUGAUCACCACGCCCACGCCGCAGCCGCAGCCGCCCACCAAGCCCACGGUGAAGCGAGCGCGUGGUCCAGGGCGGCACUCAUGAACCAGCAGGUGGCUGCGGCGGCGGUAGGCAGCGGUGGUGGCAGCGGGGUGACUGGCGGCAGCGGCGGCAUGGCGGAUGGCAGUCUGCAGGCCGCCAACCUGCACCAGAGCGGCGCAGCACAGACCAACCUGCAGACCCAGAUGAUGUCCAUGCUGUCCACCUCAAACAACGCCCCUUCUUCCAUCUUCCCCCCCGCCGCCCACACCUCCCUGCUGCAGACCGGAGGCUCAGGUGCGGGCGCGGGACUUCUCGGGGGCCACGCUACCUCUGCCGCAGACUACUCCGCCUCUAACAGCCUCACCACCUCCGCGGGGCACCACGGGGAAGCCUCCUGGGCACCGCUGCACGCUAAGACAGGUGAUGCCUGGGGAGCACAUCACCACGCGCAUCACAUUCCCUACGACAAUUACAGCACCAUGAUGGGCGGCAGCGAGAUGCUGAUGAGCGGCCAACACUUCCCCAUGGAGAGCAUGAAGACCUUCCACUACCCAACGCAGUACACGGCGGCGGCGGCGGCGGCCAACUUCAAUCAGCAGCUGCGGCACCACAAGGGGGCGCCACUCCCCCUUUUCUAAGGACGAAAAAUCCUUAGGAAGAAAAGAAAAAGAAGGGAACGCAUACAUAGAAUACGACGGAUAGAAAAUAUCCUUUAUAUUAUAUUGUGGGUAACGUUUCAAAAGAUAAGACAUUUGACUCCAUCUGGAUUUAGAAAACGACUCUCUCUCUCUCUCUCUCUCUCUCUCUCUCUCUCUCUCUCUCUCUCUCUCUCUCUCUCUCUCUCUUGUGAGCGUUAAGUGUUCACGAGCGACGCGUGACCGCCGAGGAACGCAGCACGACGCUUCCCUCAAUACAUCGUUAUGUAUUGUAUUCUAAUAUUUUUCUAGUUCUUUUGGGCUCAUUAAUUCACAGAUACCGUCCUCGCAGCCUUAAUUAAUCCAUUCCAACAAUCAAUUUCAUGACGAACAGCUUUCAAAACACAUUAUGUUUGAAGCUCUAGAUCCCAUGAAUGAAUCCCUCAUUCACAUCUUCAGGUUAGUGUUUCAUCCAGCUCUAAAUAUAGAGCUUGCCUACAGUUUGUAGUAUAGAACGUGCAGCGUGAGGCAAGUCCUUGAAAAUAAAAGCCUUCAUGAACACUCAAGCUACUUUCGCGGUCGCGGCAGGAGCGAGGGCCAGCCACCGCCCGUUAGUUCAGGAACCCAGCGUGCGUCAGGCGUUACUGUAGGCUGGUGAUAAGACCCAAGUGCCUCCUGUUGUAAUUAGAUGCUGGUGUGUGAUUUAUGAUACUGAAGAGUAAAUCAGGAUGGUGAAUGUGUUCCUGGCUGCCGGUGAGGAUCCUCUACCUGGUGCAGACUGCCCACGGCUGCCUUUGUCUUCCUGGAUGAAUGAUGCAGAUCUUCCAAUUCUCCUAAGUGUCUUCGCAUAGCAAUAAGGUGACUAGUCGGCCAAUGCGAGGCAGUGAGGUGCAGCAGAUCCUGGUGUUUGCUGCCGUGAUGCCUUUCAAUCCCUCACAAGACUUACCAUCAAUACGCUGGCAUUCAGAUCUAUGUGUCUCGUAUGUGAGAUAAAACCCUUUGAGUUCCAUCUGAGGCAGCAACUCCCCGCCGAGAAACGAGUCGGAGUGUCAGGUGUCGGAGCUUCUGAAGCCUAACCAUUGUGCCAGCGACACCCAUCCUCCGCCUCCUGGUUGCCUCCACUCGUGUAAAUUUUAUUUUCUCUCAUCCUCUCAAGGCUCUUUCUCGGUGCGUUCUCCGACAGAAAGUUAUUGGAAGUGUUUUUUUUACCUGAGAGUUUUUCAUCCAAGCUUAUUCCAUACAUAUAAAUGUACUCAAAACUCCAGUAAUUGUGAGUGUGGUGAGCGAUGGCGUUCCUACCCCGCUGCGCCGAGCAUAGGCAGCGGCGCCUGCACGUCAUCUCAGCGGCCGGUGCUCGGCGGGGCGUGGCAGCAUCAGGGAAGUGCUCGCUUGCCCAAAUACUCCAGCAAGCCGAGGGUGAGUCUGACCGUGCCUGAGAAUUAGCCGACUUUCAAAGCUCUUAUUUUUGUAUCUACAGCAUUGCCAAAACCUGGAUCGUAGCGUUAAGGUAUUUUUUGUAAAAACUUUUUUCCACUUACACUGACAUAACCUCCCCAGCACGCCUAACUUCCCGUCUCCCCGCCCCGUGUGCUGGGGGACCGCCGCUCGCCCGUCCCUGCCGUGGGUGGGCGUCUCUAAUGUCCCUAAUGCUUGUAAUGCCCUGUCAACCUGUAGUGUCCUUGAUUCACUCAAAUAAACUUAAUAUUCAUG